AGUUGAAGUUAGACAGGCACGAAAACGGUCACAGUUGGGACGCCGUAGUGACGUCAUCUCGCUCCAUGCAGACAUGCGCAGGCGCCGGGAACCCACCAAGCACUGACGGUUCUGCAAUUCGCCGCGUAGCGUCAUGGAAGCAAAGGUGCUGACAACGAAUCGAAAACGGAUAAGACUAUUUGAAAGGGCUGUCGCUAAAAGAAAAGGUGAAAAAGAGCGAGUGACGUCCAGAGUUAGCAUCGGUGCAGCUUUCGGCCUGAAUACCGACGCCUCUGUUGCCCUUUCUCUGCAUGACAAAGCUGGUCUCACAACUAUGGAAGCAAAGGUGAAACUGGAGGAGGAUCCACCGUUUUCUGUUGAAGAAAGUAAAUCCAGAGUUCCUGGAGGAGAAGCAGAAGAGGGUGGGAAUAUCCUCACCCCAGUGGAUCCUUCUGACCCCAGUCAUCAACUCAGCAACAAGGAGGACCACAAGUCUUCUUCUGAGGAUGAAGAUUUUUCCUCGCCGGAGGAAAGAGUCAAAGAAGACGAUCCGGACUACACACCAGACUGUGCCCGCGUUUGGAAGCCCAGAAACGACAAGAAGGACUGUGCUGGUGAACUCAGUUUGUCCAUAACGCAGAGGAAAGAGUCACAUGACAAAGAUGAAGGUCACAUGUCAGAGGAUUCUGCUUCCUUCACCCCACAGGGCAACACAGCAAGAGAGGACGCCGUGAAACCUUCCCCCCACGAUGAACAUGCCAACCCCUCCGACGAGGCCAAGUGCUACCAACCGCUGCGCUUCCACAAGAAGGUCCGCAAGUGUCACAUAUGCGGAAAGGUCUUCCGUCACAACAAUCAUCUCCGGCGCCACCUCCUGGUCCACUCGGGGAAGAAACCCUUCAAGUGCUUCAUCUGUGCGCGAGGAUUCACUCAGAGGGGGAACCUCAAAACCCACAUGAAGGUCCACAAAGGAGACGUGAACUGGACCUUGCUUGAGGAGAAGAGCGACCCUAAGGAGGCUCCAGUUACAGCCAACGUUUGUGGCGACUGUGGGAUGGACUUCCCGGAGCCACAGCAACUGGAAAAACAUCGUGAAAUUCACAGGAAACCGUUCUCCUGCCCUGACUGCGGAAAGGCCUUCAAGUGCCCCAAAUAUUUAGCACUGCACUCCAGCAUUCACACAGGAGACUCGCCGUUCAGCUGCCGCACUUGUGCCAAGCGCUUCCUCACGGCAGAUUCGCUGAAGAAACACGAGCUGCGUCACACGGGGCUGAAGAACUUCCACUGCGACCAGUGCGGGAGGUCCUUCUCGCAGUCAUCCAACCUCCAAGUCCACCUCCAGUCGCACAGCGGCCAGCGGCCGCACCUCUGCGCCGUGUGCGGGAAAAGCUACUCCCGGGCUGCGACUCUGAAGGUCCACCUGAGGGUCCACACCGGGGAGACGCCGUACGCUUGCGACACCUGUGGCAAGUCCUUUUAUUACUAUCAAGGCUACCAGAAACAUCUGCUGGUGCACAACAAGAAGCCUAAAGUCCAAGUGAAACCUCUGGGCCGACCCAAACGCAACCUGAGCACUCAGGGUUUUCAGUGA